AUGGAUCAAGCUGAGGAUUCAGACUCGGGAGAUGACGUCCAAGCGGGGCGUCGGAGGCGGGCACGGAACAGAGACCGAAAUCAUGGUGAGUACAAGAUUAAAUUAGAUAUACCCUUUUUCGACGGCAAACUGCACAUCGAAGACUAUUUAGAUUGGGAACGGUCUGUCGAAAAUUUCUUUGAAUACAUGGAAAUUGAAUCAGAAAGACAGGUGAAAUAUGUGGCAUGUAGACUUAAAGGCGGAGCUAGUGCGUGGUGGCAACAAGUUCUGCAGACUAGAAGAAGAGAAGGAAGGAGACCGGUUCGCAGUUGGCAGAGAAUGAAACAACUAUUGCGCGGACACUACCUGCCCACGGAUUAUGAGCAGAUGCUCUAUAUGCAGUACCAGCAAUGUUCACAAGGACAACGAUCAGUGAAUGACUAUACGGAAGAGUUUUAUCGUUUAAGUGCACGAAAUAACUUGAACGAAAAUACCAAUCAGUUGGUUGCAAGAUAUAUUGGGGGAUUGAAGGAAACAAUACAAGACAAGCUGGAAUUAAACUCUGUGUGGUCGUUGUCGCAAGCCGUUAAUUAUGCGUUGAAGGUAGAAAUGCAACUUCAACGACACAAUCGUCCCACGUCAUCUAGAAGAAAUUUAGAGCAGACAGUAGACAGUGCAAAGCAAACUUAUUCCAAUGUUAAUCAAAACAUGAAGCAGCCAAUUACUAAUGCAGGAAGUGGCGGUUCUAGCAGUGCAGUUGCCAAGGCCAUAGACCCAAAAACAGUGCAGAAAUUCCGAUCUCCUCUGGCUCAAGAAAAUCCAUAUGCUAAGCCCACUAGUGUCAAAUGCUUCCGUUGUUUCCAACAAGGACAUAAGUCCAAUGAGUGUCCGACAAGACCCCAAUUACAAUUAGUUGACGUCGAAGCAGAAGAUGGGGAAGAUGAAGCCGAGGCGGAAGCAGAAAAUCAAGUUGAAGAUGUAUCCGGAGAUGUGGGGGAGCCUCUUAUUUGUGUGCUGGAAAAGUUGUUGUUGGCACCAAAACAACCAAGCAAAUCGCAACGCAAUGCCUUAUUUCGAACCAAAUGUACCAUUGGCGGUAAGGUGUGUGACUUACUGAUCGACAAUGGAUGCACGGAGAAUGUGGUGUCGAGAUCUAUGGUACAGGCACUGCAACUAAAAACCACAAAGAAUCCGAAUCCGUACAAGAUCAGCUGGGUUAAGAAGGGCGUGGAAUUGGCCGUGACAGAUUUAUGCAAGGUGCCGUUCUCAAUCGGCAAAUACUAUGCUAGUGAGGUACUAUGUGAUGUGCUUGAAAUGGAUGUUUGCCAUGUCAUCUUGGGUAGGCCGUGGCAAUAUGAUGUGGGCGCAAUUUAUGAUGGAAGAGCCAACACUUACGCGUUCGACUGGAAAGGACGCCGUCUGAGAUUACUGCCUAAUGUUGGACAGGAUGCUAAAGUGCCUCAAGGCAACAAUGCUCUUCACUCGGUUUCAGUAGCAGCCAUGAUGACAGCUUGGAAGGAGACAUCCAGUAUUUUGGCAUUAAUUGUUAAAGAAGUGGCUGAGAACACUUCUAUGGCCAAAACACCAGUGGAAAUGCAGAAGCUAAUUGAGGAGUUCAAUGACGUUUGCUCGGAACGUUAG